AGUCACAUUCCGUGGUGAUAGUCAGUGUAUCCUGGCUGAGGUCAGAGACCACUGUGGAAAGUCCAGGGGCCUGGAGCCAUCCCCAGCCUGAAAAGAGGUCAGUCAAGACACAGCUGUGUGGACUCCCAGCAGCAAAGGAGGCUCAGGGACAAAAAGACAUGGUCUGGAGACUGAUUCCACUUCUGCUGCUGUUAGCCUGGACAGCGUCCAUGUGCAGUGCCCGAGCCAGGAUGGACCUGCUCAACGUCUGCAUGGACGCCAAGCACCACAAGGCAAAGCCAGGCCCCGAGGACAAGCUGCACGGCCAGUGCACUCCCUGGAAGGAGAAGGCCUGCUGCUCAGUCAGCACCAGCCAGGAGCUGCACAAGGACACCUCCCUCCUGUACAACUUCACCUGGGAGCACUGCGGCAAGAUGGAGCCCGCCUGCAAGCGCCACUUUAUCCAGGACAACUGUCUCUAUGAGUGCUCCCCUAACCUGGGGCCCUGGAUCCGGGAGGUGAACCAAAGCUGGCGCAAGGAGCGCUUCCUGCAUGUGCCUCUGUGCAAAGAGGACUGCCAGCAAUGGUGGGAGGACUGUCGCACCUCCUACACCUGCAAGAGCAACUGGCAGCGGGGCUGGAACUGGACCUCAGGAAUUAACAAGUGUCCAGCCGGGACCACCUGCUGCACCUUUGAGACCUACUUUCCCACACCCGCAGCCCUGUGUGAGGGCCUCUGGAGCAAGUCCUACCAGGCCAGCAACUACAGCCGAGGGAGUGGCCGCUGCAUCCAGAUGUGGUUCGACCCAGCCCAGGGCAACCCCAAUGAGGAGGUGGCGAGGUUCUAUGCCAUGGCCAUGAGUGCUGGGGCCCUGCCCCGAGGGGUGGAGCCUCUUCUGCUCAGCCUGGCCCUGAUGCUGCAGUUUGGGCUCUUGGGCUGAGUCUAGCCCUACCCAGACAUCAUGUCUGCGUGUCCCGAGUUUCGAUGGCCAAGCUGGGCUCACAAAUGGAGGAACUCUAAGUGUGCUUCCAUCCAUUAUCCAUCCUUCAGUCAUCCCAUUCCUGCUCCAGGUGGGCCUUGGGGUUUGUCUGGCAGUCAGCUCAAAUAAAAAGACAGACACAUCCGUGUCAGAUGAAUUAUU